AUGCCCCCACCCCGCAAAGCAAAUCCACCCAUCCACCCCAAACAAGCAACCGCACUAAAGGACAAACCAAACCUCGUCUCGCCGUCCCUCAAGUUCCUCCCCUCACUCGCACAAAGCCCAAUCUCACCGUUGCAUGCCAUCUGCAGGGCCGCCCGCCGCCCGCCGCCCGUCACAACCGGCCUGAAGAAAGUCCGAACCACUGACAUCGACACGGGGAGACCGAGCCAGCACACGACAGACGAACACGAGGCGAGGCGAGCAGGGCUGAACGGAGCCGCUGGCCUAGGCGCGACCGAGUCACGGCGACGGCUCCGGUCCGGCUGUAUGUCCUGUCCAUGUCCAUGUCCAGGUCCGGCUCCAUUUUUAGACUUGCGGUGCGACGGUGUGCGACGCUGGCAUCGUGCAUGGCGGUGA